AAUCCCCACAGGCUGCACUGCAUGUUUUCCUCUUUCCUCUCAGCCUCAGAGCUUCAGGUGGAGAUGAUUCCUGAUGAAGUGGUUGAGGGAGAGACAGUCACUCUCACAUGUAAAAUCACCUGCAGCCCGACUGUCUCCUGGUACAAAAGUGGAAAUCUUUUAUCCUCCUCCUCUAACCCUCUCCGUCUGCGGCCAGUCAGUCAGAGGGAUUCAGGUGAUUACAGCUGUGCUGCACAGGGAGAAGAUUAUCGCUCCCCUGCUGUCACUCUUGAUGUCCAAUAUCCUCCAAAGAGUGUCUCCGUGUCCAUCAGUCCCUCUGGUGAGACGGUGGAGGGCAGUUCAGUGACUCUGACCUGCAGCAGUGAUGCGAACCCACCUGUGGAGACCUACAGCUGGUAUAAGGUGAAUGAAAGCUCACCUGUAGGAUCUGGACAGAGUUACAGCUUCACGUUGAGCUUCAACAGCAGUGGAUGGUUUUACUGUGUGGCUCAGAAUAAAUACGGGAAUCAGAGAGCAGCUGCAGUGCCUCUCACUGUAAAUGGGAGCAGAAGUGUCGUUCAGUAUGUAGUUCUUGGAGUCACGGUUGGAUUUGGAUGUUUAUUUGUCAUCAUUGGUGUUUUAUUCAUGUGGAGAAAGAGAAGACGAGGUUCAGCUGAUGAUGCCACGUCCAGUCAGAACAUUCACUCCAGUCCGACUGAGGGCACGUACACAGCUCUCGAUCCUCAGACCAGGUCCUACAAUGACACGUACGACACACUUGCAAAAGUUCACUCCAGUCCGACUGAGGGCACGUACACAGCUCUCGAUCCUCAGACCAGGUCCUACAAUGACACGUACGACACACUUGCAACGGUUCACCCGAGUCCUCCUGAUGACACGCCCGCAGCUCGGGAUUCUCAGUCCAUCUCUCCUGAUUACAUCAAUCUACCACGGCUCAGUCUGAGCUCCUCAGAGCUUCAGGUGGAGAUGAUUCCUGAUGAAGUGGUUGAGGGAAAGACAGUCACUCUCACAUGUAAAAACACCUGCAGCCCGACUGUCUCCUGGUACAAAAGUGGAAAUCUUUUAUCCUCCUCCUCUAACCGUCUCCGUCUGCGGUCAGUCAGUCAGAGGGAUUCAGGUGAUUACAGCUGUGCUGCACAGGGAGAAGAUUAUCGCUCCCCUGCUGUCACUCUUGAUGUCCAAUAUCCUCCAAAGAGAGUCUCCGUGUCCAUCAGUCCCUCUGGUGAGACGGUGGAGGGCAGUUCAGUGACUCUGACCUGCAGCAGUGAUGCGAACCCACCUGUGGAGACCUACAGCUGGUAUAAGGGAAUAUUGUAUAGAGGAAGAGGAGAAACCUACACCAUCAACAGGAUCAGCUCUGAGGACAGUGGAGAGUACAGGUGCUGGGCUACAAAUAAACAUGGAACUCGGUCCUCUCCUGCCGUGUCUCUGAAUGUCCUGUAUCCUCCAAAGAGUGUCUCCGUGUCCAUCAGUCCCUCUGGUGAGAUGGUGGAGGGCAGUUCAGUGACUCUGACCUGCAGCAGUGAUGCGAACCCACCUGUGGAGUUUAACUGGUUUAAAGGAAGAUCAUUGAAAAGCAAAGAAAACAUCUACACCAUUCGAAAGAUCAGCUCUGAGGACCGUGGAGAGUACAAGUGCAAGUCCAGCAAUCAAUACGGAGAGAAAUAUUCUGAGGAAAUGACAGUAAAUGUUUUGUAUCCUCCUAAGAACGUCUCAGUGUCCAUCAGUCCCUCUGGUGAGAUGGUGGAGGGCAGUUCAGUGACUCUGACCUGCAGCAGUGAUGCGAACCCACCUGUGGAGACCUACAGCUGGUAUAAGGUGAAUGAAGGCUCACCUGUAGGCUCUGGACAGAGUUACAGCUUCACGUUGAGCUUCAGCAGCAGUGGAUGGUUUUACUGUGUGGCUCAGAAUAAAUACGGGAAUCAGAGAGCAGCUGCAGUGCCUCUCACUGUAAAUGGGAGCAGAAGUGUCGUUCUGUAUGUAGUUCUUGGAGUCACGGUUGGAUUUGGAUGUUUGUUUGUCAUCAUUGGUGUUUUAUUCAUGUGGAGAAAGAGAAGACGAGGUUCAGCUGAUGAUGCCACGUCCAGUCAGAACAUUCACUCCAGUCCGACUGAGGACACGUACACAGCUCUCGAUCCUCAGACCAGGUCCUACAAUGACACGUACGACACACUUGCAAAAGUUCACUCCAGUCCGACUGAGGACACGUACACAGCUCUCGAUCCUCAGACCAGGUCCUACAAUGACACGUACGACACACUUGCAAACAUUCACUCCAGUCCGACUGAGGGCACGUACACAGCUCUCGAUCCUCAGACCAGGUCCUACAAUGACACGUACGACACACUUGCAACGGUUCACCCGAGUCCUCCUGAUGACACGCCCGCAGCUCGGGAUUCUCAGUCCAUCUCUCCUGAUUACAACAAUCUACCAGCUGCAAGAAAGCAACAGUGAGAUCAUCAACCUCAACAACACCAGAGAGAGAGAGAGAGAGAGAGAGAGAGAUGCUGGAAUAGUUCUGUUUUUGCGCUGUGGAUCAAUAUUGAACUCAAUUUUUAAAUAGAUGAAGAGUGAAAGCUUUAUGUUUAUGAGCAAUAUAUUGUAUGUAACUGCACGUGAUUCUUAAUUCCUCAAAACUAAGCAUUAACAAGAGUGUGCAGGGAUUUUUAUCUGUUUGGCGUUGCAUCUAUGAAUUCUUUUUCUAUAUGUGUUCUGUA